ACCGAUCCGGUACGCGUCUGAGUCAACAGAGUGUGUCCAAACAGCGGCUUGUGAGAUUUGUAAUUAUCGACUCAUUGCGCGUGCAUACUCAACUAUAUCGUCAGCUAACUUCUGCACCUACCAUUGUCAUAGACGUCUCCGCGAAACCGGACAUCAUGUCGGCCAAAACGACGUUUUGGUUUGCGGUCAUGGUCUUGACCGUGGUCGCUUCGGCCGUUGCUGGACCGUUGGCUACCGUCAACACCCCGGAAUCGGAAAAUGAAGCCGCCGUUGUUAACACGUUGGCACCAUCGAAGACCGAUACAUCAGCAGAUGCAUCGGUUGAACCAACUGACUUGCUGCCACCCGCCAAACCUGUCGAGCAACAACAGAAUCAGCAGACCGAGGGUUCGUCCGAAGUGGAACUGGUGCCGACUGAUCCCGGUAAGUUCGAUGUGAUGCCGAACGUCAGUGUCCAGCCCGACGAGCCCGUCGCGUCGGACCCGCCAAGCACUGCGGUGUCCGGAAUCGGUUCGCCGAGUGCCGCGCCGGCCGCCGGAACCGACUUGCCGAGCGCCGCGGGAACAGGCCCGGCUUACGGCAAGAAACCCAGACCGCCGUACUACCCGACCGGCGUACAGACCGCCGUGGGCUUCGGGCCUGCCCACCCUAGCAUCCCGUUCUUCUUGGAGUUCUUCCAGCCGUUCCAGUCGUUGCAGCCACCAUUCAGGCACCAGCAGCAGCCGUUCGGCGCCUCCGUCGAUCCGUUCUAUCCGUUCGCGUCGGCCCCGGCUCCGGCCCAACCGUCUCCUUUCCAUCAGCUGGUCGAAGCGUACACUAACGAGUUCAGAACUCCCAACGUCAUUAUAGUAAAACCAAAAAGAAACGUUAAACAUAACACUACAUCAAUUCCACCUAUUCCAUUACUAAUGAACAUCAUGCUUAACGCUUUUCGGCACGAGCCGACAGAUAUGCUAGAAAGUUUGGAGAAAAUGCCGACCAUGCCGCAAAUGACCAACGUGGUUAACAAGCAAGACGGUUCAGGAAAGCCCUUAACCAAGACUACGUCCAAAACCGAGAUCAUUGACGGCCAUGUGGUCCAAGUUAACGAAACGACGUACAGCGACGGUGACGAGAACCACAAGACUUUCUAUCAUUUCAAAGAGAUCCAGGUACUUCCGGAUACAGUUAACAAGAAAAUUGCCAACGAAAAAUUGGUGACAAUGACCAAGGACGAUUCAGAGUCGCAAAGAGUGGAGACGAACGAGAUCAGACAAGAUCCAGCCGAUGCCACCACCUCAUUUCCAGAGAGAGGAGAUGAAAAAUUGAAAGAAAUGAGAAAGGCCGGACCCGUUCCACUGGACGAUCACUACCAGACGGCCGCGGCCAGUUACUACUCACCGUACGCCCCCGCGUACUACGGACCGCGCCCAGUGAUGCACCCCACCGGUCAGCUGGUGUACUACGGCCGACCACCGGUCGGUUACGGACAUCCGAUGUCCGGUCCGUACGGCCACCCGAUACCCGGCCCGUAUGGCGGCCACCCGAUACCCGGCCCGUACGGCGGCCACCCGGUGCACUACGAACAGCAGCAGCGGCCGAUCAGCUUGUACGGUGACACACUAGUCAACGAUCUGCUAGACGCGUCCAACCAGGCGGCCGGCGUGGAAGUCGUGUUGCCGCCCGAUGUGGAGCUGAUCGACGUCGACCGCAAGCCGCAACGCGGCAAUCAACAGCUGUACUACAAAUCGGACCCACGUCAACAACGACCGACGCCGCCGUCGCGGUCGCAACAGGUUUUCCGCGCGCCGUCGGCAUGAGGUGUCCGACCAACGGCCUGUUGUUGCCGUUGUUGCGCCGACGAUGUUGUGAUUACCGGAAAAUAAUUUUAUACCGUAGAUGAUGUAAUGCUAUCGCAUAAUAUAAAUUGCAAAAAAAAAAUAAAAACUAAAAAAAAAAAAUAAAAUAGUCGUCGGUAGAGACGAUCAUCCUACGAGUGUGUUCGCUAGACCCCAAGUCAUUAUUUUAGUCUCGCGCCACGACAAUUUAUUUUGUAACGUUUUGUACAUAUAAUAUUAUUUUAAAUACCACAUCGUUUUUCAGCGAUGAUGUGUCGCGCAACACUGAUAGUUUAUCUAAUUUUUUUUCCAUCAUCCCGUUCGCUGCUGCUCCGUCGUGUUUCCCAUCCACCAACGGUUAUUAUUAUUGUUAUUAAUCAUCAAAAUCGCUACUCGUAUGGUCGAAUCGUGAUGACGCAACAGUGACGCACGCAUAUCUUAUCAAAUAUCGAAUUUUUACCUCAUGCGAGUUUCUCGGCUGUGUUCGUCGAAGGUAGUAUUACGUUCAACGGGGCUUAGACGGUUUCGAAACGUCAUAAUCCGUUUCGUACGAAAAUCCACUUCUGGAAUCUGGCUUCAGUGAUGUUUCCGAACACCUCAUCCCAUCCUUAAUCUUGUUCAUACGUCGUUGUACGUACCGCGAUCAAUAAAUUAUCUAAAAUCGUAAAGAGGAAUUUUAUCGAAUCUUGACGGUCAAAUAAAUAAAAAGCCUAACAAUAUUACUAUGUUACAAGCUUUCGGUUACAGUAACCUAUUUAAACACCAUAUGUGACCAUUAUAUGGCAUUCAUAAAUAUUAAUCUGGACAACUUGAAUGUUUUUGGUUCUGCUCCAUUCACUCCAAGUACUCGCGAGUCGACUAUUACGAUACGUACCCACUAAAUAUAUACUAACUCGUGUUAUAACAAUAAUAAUCAGAUCUCAUCGUGCACGUGAUACGCAUCGUUCUAAAUGUAUAAAAAAACAUUAUAAUGUGUCGAGACACGUCAUAUAGCGACGGAGCAGUAUCGGAUCACUGAACAUUUCCGUUAUCGCGGAGCUCGAUCAACUGUUUAU